CGCAGGCGCGGUGCCGUGCCGGGCUGUGAGCAGCGGGCGCGUGCACGCCAGAGAGGACGAGCACCAGCCGCAGAGCGGCAGUCCUGAUGGCGGCCUAGAGCCUCCUCUUCCUUCCCUCCCCACGCCCCCGGCUCCAACUGCACAGGCCCUGCGCAGCCUAGCCGUCGGUUAUUAAAAUGUCUAUAAAUUGAAGAAAGAAUGAACAUGCUUAACAGCUUUGAAGACCAAGAAAUGAAUGAAUUGCAGCAGAAAAUUUAAGUGUUAAACUUUAAUUAACUACAGAGUGAGAAUGAAGGCAAACAUUAGAUGAGACAUUUACAGAUUAGAAGGAACAAGAAGGGGAUGGAUCCAUCCAAAGUUACUAUGGAAUCGAAGGAUGCUGCUUCAAAUCUCUUGAGCACGUUGCAUACCUUUUACCAGUUUGGCCAUCUGUGUGAUGUAACUGUCCAUACAGAACACCUUGGAGUUCAAGAAGAAUUUGCUGUUCACAGAGCAGUGUUGGCUGCCUCAAGCAAUUACUUUAGGGAACUAUUCCUAAGGGAUGAGCUGUCUGUAAAAAAGGAAGCUACAGUCACCUUGCAGGAUAUAUACACUGAGGAUUUUACUUCGUUUUUGGAGUUUGUAUACACAACAAAAAUACAGAUUGAUCCACAGAAUAUAUAUCGAAUGCAAGAGGUUGCUGAAAGGUUAGAAUGUAAGGAUCUUGUGGAAGCCUGUGAACAUUUGAAGGUGAAGCUUUUGACACAAAGUUUAGAUGUAAAGGAACAAAUCUGCAAAGAGCCCCAACCUCCUAAUAAACCCGAAAAUGAUUGGAGUAAAACGUAUUCACGGGAUCUGGACGACCAGAAGACAGAGGAUUCAUCCAAGACUGUUGCUGUGCCAGAUGGAAACAGACCUUGGGACAAAGUACCAAAAAAGAAUACAUUUGAAAAAAAACAAUCACAAUUGGAUGACUGCAUACAACAGAGAAGUAAAAAAAAUGUCACUGGGUCAAUCACUGUCAUUGAUCCAAGCACAAGAAUAGGUAAAUCAACAGCAUAUGCCACAAAAAAUGAGAACAUGAAGAAUGUUAAUAUUGUUGAUGAGAUUACUGAAAAAGAUAGCCACAGGUUUAAUUCAAUAAUCCAGGCUGAUUCUCCAGAAACUAGAAUUGUGAUCAAGAAGCUCCACUAUCUAGAAGAUGAAGAUGGAAUACAGGAUGAACUUGAAAGUGCAGAUAACUAUGAGUUGAAAAAAGUAACUCGGAGUGCCUCCAAACGCAUGGCUCAGAAUUAUACAUGUGAUAAAUGUCCCCAGACUUUUCAGUUUUUGAAACCCUAUCAAGCUCAUAUGAGUUCUGAGCAUGACAUUACUAUUGUGGUAAAGUACAGCUGCAAUACGUGUUCUCAGCUAUUUUCUAAUUAUCAAAACCUAAGGCAACAUAGACUGACUGUUCACAACAAUGAGCGUCCCUUUGCAUGUUCAUUGUGUGACAAGCGAUUUAAACGCCAAAAGGACAUCAAUGACCAUAUUAGGAGGGUGCAUGAGAAGAAAAGAGCUCCUCAGACCUGUCCUUUUUGUGACAAAGUUAUUAGUUCAAAAUGUGGCUUGACUGUCCACAUCAGAACACAUACAGGAGAGAAGCCUUACAAAUGUCAGUAUUGCCCUGCCAGCUUCGCCCAGCGGUCUGCUUACAACACUCACGUAAGAAAGAUACAUGAAUCCGGUCAAGAGAAGAAGCCACCAUUUAUGUACUGGAAAGUAGUGCCACAGGUAGAUAAGCCAGAUGAAAUUGCUGGUAUUGUCAUGGAUGUCAGUACUAACAGAGACAAAUGGGAUAGAUCAGAAGAUAAUGACUUGGUCGUGAAUGCUAGCAAUAACAAGGAAACAUGUGAUGAAGAGCAACAGAGUACAUCUCAUAGAGAAAUUACAGAAUGCAGUGAUAUAAAUGAAACUGAAGAAGAUAAGGCCAAAGAUACAAAAUAUACAAAUGCACAAAAUGGCCUGCCAAAUAACAAAGGAUGUCAUGUUAUGAAUGAAGGUAGUGGAGAUGAUGAAACUGAAGACUUUGAAAAUGAUGCUGAAGAAGAGUGUGGAGUAGAGGGUAACGAAGAAAAUAGCACAGAGUAUGAGGACGAUAAUGAAAAAGAUGUAGACUACUCAAAUGAACAUGAUCCUGAACCAAGUGAUUCUGAUGAGGACUCUGAAACAAGGAAAGGCAGUAAAAAAGGAAGAUCACAAAAAUUAAAUCACAUUAUUAAAUGUGAUAAGUGUGAUGAUGAAUUUGAGUCCAGAAAGGAGUAUGUGAUUCACUGCAAGGACAUACACCAGUCACUACCUGGGAAAGUAUAUCACUGUGAGAUUUGUGGCAAGGCUUUUGCCACCCACAACAGCUGGAAAGAGCACUGUGCUUGUGUUCACAGCGAUGAAAGACACUUUGCUUGCACUCUAUGCAAUGCUACAUUUAAGAGGAAAAGGGAUGUACGGACCCACUAUGCUCGGAAGCAUGAAGGGCGUAUAAAACGUCCACUAUGCUCUGUUUGUGGAAAGAUUCUGAGUUCACGAACUGCGCUGGUAUUCCAUAUGCGGACACACACAGGAGAGAAGCCUUAUGAGUGCUCCAUAUGCCGUUCUCGAUUUGCCCAACCAUCACAGCUCAAAAUUCACACAAGGUCACACACUGGAGAAAAACCCUAUAUUUGUGAGGAUUGUGGAGCCUGUUUCACUGAUAAGGCUAAGUUAAAUGGCCAUAAGAGAACACAUACAGGGGAGCGCCUUUAUGGCUGUGAUGUUUGUGGGAAGCAUUUUGCCACCAAUGAGUACUUGAAAUGUCACAAGCGAUGUCAUAUGGGUGCAAAACCUUACAAAUGCGAUGCGUGUGGAAAAACCUUUGGUCUGAGAGCCUCCUUGGCCCAACACAGCAAUAUACAUGCAGAAACACGUCCAUAUUUUUGUGUACAAUGUGGAAAAGCUUUUACCCAGCAGGGGGCACUUCGGCGUCACCAAAGAAUUCACACAGGGGAGAAGCCUUACAAGUGCAAGGCUUGUGAGCGAACUUUCACAGAUAUGUCCACACUGAGAAGACAUGUGUCUGUCCAUGACCGAAAUGCCCACUGGCGAUCCUAUUUGAUUGAUCUUACCUCAAAGAAAGAUCAUAAUUGGUCAAAAAUUGAAACAUUGGCAGAUGUGUGUGUCUCAGAUGACCGUGUACAAGUUAGCUGGAUGAGCAUCCGAAAUGAACAGCCAGUAGAGGGCAUGGCACUAGGUGACUGACUGAUGUUACGUAAAGGCAUGGACACAGCACACAUUAUAUGUAUUGACUUCAAAUUUGUGAUGAAAAAUAUGAUAUAUUUUUAUUUCUAAUCAAAUAUCUCUUUAAAAGCUAGUAAUACUUUAUAUAUACAGCACUAAUAUACUAUUCAGUUAAAUUUAUAAUAAUAAGCUACAUUUUAAUUUUUAUAUCUAUUAUUGCCAUCGGGCACAAUUCUGCAGUUUAUCCAAACCUGAAAUAUCUAAUUAGAUUAAUUUGAUUUUGGCUCACUUAUAUCAAUGAUAAUUUAAUACUAGUAUGUCACUCUUUACAUUUUCUUUCUUGAUCUUUUAGAUCAGGGUAUUAUCAUCCAGUAUUUAUAACAACUAAGUGCAUUCAUCACAUAUCAUGCAUUCUGGUUAAUUAGGCACAUCAGGACCAGUAUAUGCCCAAUUAAGCAGCUGCCCCAGUUGGCUGACAUUUCAUGGAAAUAGUUAAAAAGGUAUUUUAAAAAAAAACAAAAUACUGUUUAACCAAGUACCAUAUCGUGUUUUUAAUUCAGAACACUACCAAUAUCACUAUAGUACUAUAAAACUGUAUACUAGUUCCUCGUAGUUAUCAACAGAGGUAUUCAUCCAGUAUGCUGCCAUGUGUAUUUUUUGAUUAACUGUAAAUGAUGACAAAAUCAGCACAGACAGUCCAUUAGUGCCAAUAGUGGACUGCUUUCAUACAAUGCUUUCAACGAUUGCAUUCUCCAAAUCAUCACUUUCAUUGCAACUUUCAAAAUGAUUAUAAAAAACUUAAUUCUUUGUAGUGCCUAACUUGUUGAAAUAGUGAAAUCAUUUCAUUUUCAUUCCCAGCCAUUUCUAGGAAACUCCAUGCCUGAAUGCUUGAAACUGUAGUGAGCAAAGCUAUUCUGAAUUGCCUUAUUUCUCGCCAACUAUCAGUGACAAAAAUUACUGCCUUGUGAACACAAGCACACACAGCUGAUGCUUUUAAAAACUGAUCACUCCAAGCAUGGUGUAGUGUCUUAAUGGCCACACAAGUGCACCCAAUUAACACUAGUUAGAAACUGUUCAGCAGUGGUCUCCUGUCCUAAUUAAACGACAUGGUAUCCCAAAUAAACAAAGGGAAUCCUGGUUAUUUUCUGAACUAGUUUUUGUUCUUUGAGAGUUGUCCAAAUUAACCAGCUGUCCUGAUUAACUGAUGGCCCAACUAACCAGAAUCCAUUGUAUUUACUCAGUUGCUGUAAGAGGUUUACCAAACUGAUAGAAUGAACAGCAACAAACUGCAGCUUAAAUUUCUAUUCAUUAAUUCAGUUGUAUGUACAUUUCUAAAAUGUAUCUGCAUUUCGAAUUGGCCUCACCUGAAAUGUACCUUUUUGUAAUGAAUAACUUUAUUUCUAGGGAGCUACCAUUUGCAUCUGCUUAUAUCACAAGAUUAAUUUUAAACUGUAUUAGAAUAUUUAAAUUAAUAUAAGAUUUAACUCCUCAGAAGUUUAGUAGUUGAAUGCUUAAAGAUUAAAAGAAUUUGGUUAAUGGUAUAAAUGCUUUUGAACCUAUUUUGGUAUUGACUUGCUUUUUUCAUGCAUAUUACCAUUAGUGCAAUUUCACAAAGGCAAGGUUUGCAAGCAAAUCAGCAACUGAUUAAAUUUAUUUAAUCAAAUAUUAUUUUAUUUAACAAGAUGUCUUGGUACCUUCUGCUCUUGAUUAUUGUCUUUAACUUUAGAACAGGUGCCUGAAAAUCAGAUGUUAUUUCCUACACUGAUCACACAUCGGUGACAUACUUGUUGGAACGCAGUGCAUUUAAUCCUCAUUUAAUCAACUGUGAUAAGUGUUUAUGUAAUAUCAUGUAGUCACAUUGUAAUGUCAUUUUUUAAAUGCUACGACUAAAUAAUGCCAAUAAUUGAGCUUCUGUGAGUUGUGCAUAUUUACUUGUAUGGUUAUAUUGAGUAAACAACUGUGGUGCCAUUUUUUUAUUAUUAGAAGGCAUCAACUAAAAAUUAAAGAAGGGUAUGAAUCCUAGUCUGUUAAAUGUACCAGUCAAGGUAUAUUCAGAAUUUUUGAAGUUGAUAGAGAAGUGUAAUUCAAAAAUUAGUGCAAUACUUUAAAACAUAUCUUCAAUCUAUUGCAAUUAACAGUAUGAAAUCAAGAAGCAUUAAAGUCUUUUAUUUGAAACAAACAGUAUUGAUUUUGUUUUUAAUUCAUGUAUUUCUGCUUUAGAAAUAAAAAUGUACAGCAUAAUCUUGUUUAAAAUAGCAAUAAUGUGUCCCAAAAUCCAGCAAAGAUCUGGAGAGAGGAAAGGUCUAAUCUUGCCUCAAAACUGAAUAUCAAGAAGUUUUCCUUGACGUACAUGGGGAAUACUGAUUUGUCUUUCACUAACGUCAGAAACAAAAAUGGUACGGGCUGGAAGAUUUGACAACUUGCCUAGCCCCAGUUCCCCUUGGCACCUUGAAGCAAUGGGCAGUGAUAAUUUAGCCAGCAGCCAAAGGGACAGAACAAUAGCAGUCAGGGAAUUAACAAAGCAAUGAGCCUUAAUGCUCAACUUCCCAGCAGUUUUCCUCCACAUUUCAUUGGCAGGUCAACUGGAUUUUUGGAUUUUGAAGUGUAUGAGGUUGGUGCAGAAAAAUAAAGAUCUGGUAAAAGACAGCAAUGUCCCUGUUGAAUGAUGUAGCAGAUCGAAGGGGCUAAGUGACCUACUACUUUGGUGUUCAGUGGAUCACACAGCCAAUGCUCCCCCAUCGUCGUAAUCUGUGCUUUCUUUGUAAUUACAAGUCUCCUCUAUCCUGGGCAGAAGGUAUUUAUUCAUUUUCAAUGCUGGUUUUAUGGUGACAAAAUCACCACAGAUCCUGACAGACCCACCCUGCAUGGCUACUUGAACCACUGGCAUUGCCAAUGAGCCCCACUGAACUCCUUCAGCCUCCAUGCUAUCUAGCUUGCUGGCUACUUUAUCACAGAUGGUAUAAGCAACUGGGCAAGCUUUGUAAAACUUGGAUGUGGUAUGGCAUUUUCAUUUAACACUAUUUUACCUUUGAUAUGUUUGAGUUUUCCAAAGUCAUCUUUGAGCACUGUUUUGGCAUCAUCCAGUAGCUUUCUUAAUUUGCUUUCAGUUGACUACUGCAGGGAAUAUGGCAUGCAAAUGGUGGAUGAAUUUCCAAUCAAGUUGUGGCCCCACAAUGCCAUCCAUCCAGUUUUUACCACAUACAUACCCAAAGUCGCUUGUUGGUGGUUGUAUUUCACUGUUAUGAAUGUCAUUUCCACAGGAGUUAUUUUUUU